GCAGACGCUACAAAUUGGGGUGCCAGGGGUACCACGGUGCUUCUGGGAGUUCCUGCUGCAGGAGCUGGUGAUUCUCUGGGGCUGGGAAGCACAGUAAAUUCCCACAAUGACGGACCAGCAGGCAGAAGCCCGCGCCUUCCUCAGCGAGGAGAUGAUUGCGGAGUUCAAAGCCGCCUUCGACAUGUUUGAUGCUGAUGGCGGUGGAGAUAUCAGCACCAAGGAGUUGGGGACGGUGAUGAGGAUGCUGGGCCAGAACCCCACCAAAGAAGAGUUGGACGCCAUCAUCGAGGAGGUGGACGAGGAUGGCAGCGGUACCAUCGACUUUGAGGAGUUCUUGGUGAUGAUGGUGCGCCAGAUGAAAGAGGACGCCAAGGGCAAGUCUGAGGAGGAGUUGGCCAACUGCUUCCGCAUCUUCGACCGGAAUGCUGAUGGGUUCAUCGACAUUGAGGAGCUGGGUGAGAUCCUGAGGGCCACCGGGGAGCCUGUCACCGAUGAGGACAUAGAGGACAUGAUGAAGGACUCAGACAAGAACAACGACGGCCGCAUCGACUUUGAUGAGUUCCUGAAGAUGAUGGAGGGUGUGCAGUAAGGGACCAGACAUUCCUUGGGCCAGCUGCUGCACCCAGCUCCGCUCCCCCACUGCCCAGGGAGCAGCAGCUCCGCAGCACCUGGCCCCCAGCACUGGCUAAGACCCUGCUCUGUGCCAGGGCCUCAGUCUCAUCCCACUGCCGGCGGCUGAGCUUUUCCUCCCAUCUGUCACCUGUGGCUUUGGUUUGAGCCUCAAUAAAAGAGGAAAGGCUUGAA